AAAUGAUCAAUGAAUCUGUCUAGAUAGAAUAAGGAAAACUAUAUUAAAUAAGACAUUAAGCUACAAAAUUAUAUCUCAAAGGAACUAUUCAUUUUAUAGUUGAAAAAAAAUUAUUUAGCACAAAAGAGCUUGAUGAAUACUAUUUGGGAACAAGUAUAAAAGAAGAAGAUUUUUAUACCUACUUUAUAUUUGAAAAGUACUUACCUACUGAUAAUAACAUUGAACUAGGAAAUAUUGUUUCAAUACUAAAUUAUGGAUAAUAAUAUUAUGUUUCAUUAAAUAAAGAUAAAAAAUCAGAAGUCACUAAUUAAUGUUAUGCAUAUUUAGGAUAAGAAAAACAUUAUUUCAUUAUUUAACCUGAAAAAGAUGUAUUUGCAAGCAAUAUUAAUUCUAUUGAAACUUCUAUAAAGAAUAAUUUGGUUAGAUUUACCUCUAUUCAUAAUGGAUAUAGUUUACAUUCUCAUUUUAAUACUUAUAAAACAGAGAAAGUAGCAUAAUAUCAUGAAGUAACAGGAUAUAAAAAUUAAGAUGAAAAUGAUUUAUGGGAAAUUAUUCCUGUUAAAGAAAAUUCAAUUAAAAAUUUUAUCCCAAAGAUUAAAAAGUAUGAGCCUAUUCAGAUAUUUAAUGAAGACAUCAUAAUUUUAAGAAACUUUUGGACUGGAUGGGCUCUGCAUUCUCAUUAAAUAAAUUACAGAUCUUCAAAAGCUUAAGAAGUCACCCUAGCUUGCUAUGAAAGAGAAUGUAAUAUAUAAAUAAACCUUAUUAUUAGAAAAUGAUCUUUGGAUAAUUACAAAGUUGAACAUAAAAGAAAAUGAUGAUGGAAUCAUAAGAAGAAAUGAUGAAAUUGUUCUUUAGCAUAAAUAAACUAAAAAAUUUCUAUCAUGGUCCAAUUUUUUAACAUAUUCCUAAUCAGGAUAUUAAGUUUAAGGAUUGAAUAGCAAACCUAUUACAGGAUUUUAAUUAGAGUGUAUUAUGUUUAUUCAUUUUAGACUUUGAGAAUUAACCUUUAAGAGUGAACAGCCCAUUUUUAAUUAAGAUCAUCAACAAAAAUUUAUACUUGUCGUAAUAGAAUAUUUAAACAGAGAGUAAAGCAGGAAGCUAAAAAGAGGCAGCUUUUGUUUAAAAGUUUAGUGGUUCAUGUUUAUGGGUAGUAGAAUCAAGAAACAAAUGA